AGUACCUGGGUUAGAGAAAGUAAGGGAGCAUUGGGAAAUGCAGUUCUAGAGGAAGGAAGGGGAAGAUUAAGAGGGAAGAACUGGAUUGGGGAUCAAGAGGCACCAUUUCCACUAUUACUUAUGCCACUACCUGUCACAAUGACCUUGAAUAAUUUAACAGUUUCCACGUCUAAAAUCGUACAGAUGCUAAUAACCAUAACAGCUGUGUUCAUUUAUCACUUUUCUCAAACACAUUGUGAAUAAUCUUAUCAUUAAUGACUAAUGGCUGUGUGUUAGGACACAUCUUUGUCAGUAUAACAUUAUCAAUUUGCUAAAAAACAGACUGCUGGAAAAGAUUUUGAAGUGAAGAUUUUUAAGUGAUCAAGAUUCUGUUCUUGGCUCUUAUUGGCAAGGUUGUUUACCCUUUUUCUGAACCACGUUAUUUUCAGUUUUUCAUUCUUACAAGUUAUAUAAAGGGUCAUAUCUCAAAAAAAUGUUCGUCAUCACAUUUAACUGUGAAACACUUAGAAACAUUUUCAAAAAAUAAAGUAUACAACUGGUUGUGUAUUGCCCCGAAGCUUUCUAAAGAUAUAUCUGGAGUCAUAAUCUUGAGGGCUGAGGCUCAGUAACUUAUAUUUUUAUAAAGUUGUACAAAUUAUUCUGAUGUGCAUCCCAGCAUGAAAACCACUGGUGGGCACUAAGUUUAAAUCACUGCUUCUGAGUGUGUCCAAAUGUGCCUCAGAAUCAUCUUUGAUAAUAGUUAAAAGUGCAAAUUUCUAGACUCCACCCAGAAAUUUUUGAUUAUGAAUCUUUAUGUACGCAAAAGGAAGACAGCCACUCACUUAAAUGUUGGAAACAAUCUACUUCAUCUUUAUUGAAGUUCAAGCAAUCUUCUUACUAGCUAAUUGCAUAGACACUGGUUUUGAGAUGAAUGAGAUCCAACUGGUUGUGGGCCUAAUGGCGUCAUUCAGCUUGCACGUGUGACUGAUUACAGCCGAGACCAGGAAACAAAGGACAGAUUCUAUCAGUUUUCACCAUUACUGGUGGAGACGUGAAAGUAUGUGCUAUACAAAAUAAUGGGUAAACACUAAGAGGGCAUAUAAGAAGUUCCCAGUCCACGUAUAUGUGUGCGAGGUACUCAUCUACAUGCUUUAUAUAGUGGCACUUAAGCCCCAGAACACCCAUGUGAGGUAUAAUUAACGCUGUCUUACAGAUGAAGAAACAGGCACAGAAAGUUUUAGUAGCUUUGCCCAGGACUGUAGUUGGUAAAUAACAGAGCUAAACUUUGAACCUAGGCACUUGAUUCAAAGUGUAUUCUCUUAACCACUGUGCAAGACUGUUACAUAAAAUACGUGCAGUGUAUCCUCUGCCCACAGGAAUUGGGUAGAUGUGAAUUUUAUGAGUCUAUUUGACUUUAGUGGAAGUGUGUUUGGUCUUAAAAGAGGAAGGAGAUAAAGGUUUUGGGGUUGAUUUUGUUGGUUAAAGAUAGGAAAUUUGAGCAUGUAUCUAAGCAAAUGAAAGACGUGGAAAAGAAAUGAGAUGGAUGAGAAAAGGAGAGGAGAGUCACCUGAGGGAAGGAUGGAGAUGCUAAACCCGGCCAUGAUCAUGGGGAGCAUUUUGCUGAUGCUGAAACAAAGGACGUGUGUGCUUACUAACAUACAGCAUUUCUAAGUUAGUCGUGGCAACAAAAUGGGGAAGCUCUGGCCAAAAUUCUCUUUCCCAAGUAAUACAUUAUCUCCACAUAGCAUUCAUUACAUGAUUAUUUGUUUUAUUGACUUUCUUCCCUAAUGGGUGUCAAACCUGUGUCUGAUUCUAAGUCAGACCCCAGAUACUAGUACAAUGCUAGGCGAAUUAGGAAAAUGGCCUCUGAUCCAUAGCUGCUUUUCACGCAAAAACCUACAGAAGUCUGCUGAAAAGGUAUUUGGAUAAUUAAGCAAGACCGAAAAGUAAUGACUAAUGACAGAGAAUCUUGCAAACGGAAGGUCUCUGCCCAGGCAGGGAAACGAACUAAUCAAUAUUCAACAGUUACGUGUGCUGCUUUUUAGUGCUCUCGAUGCCUUGGGAAAGAAGGGGACAUGGUGUAAUCACAGUAUUAAGGGGAAAGCGGUUGAAAUGUUUCCUGAGCGCCCUCAUGCAUCUUUUGCUCCGUCCACACCCUGACGUUACAGGCUCGGCCCCGAGGUUAUACCCACCCAGAGGAAGUAUCAGAGCUGGGGCUACGGGCGCCAGGGGAAUCCGCUCCGGAAGCCUCCCUGCGCAGCGCGCCCUAGCGUCCCGGUUGCCCGGGAGACGCCGCGGCGGUUCCGCUGGCUCCAAAGUCGCUGGGUCCGCUGCCGCCUCCUCCGAGCGACCCGCGCGGGAACUGGUCCUGGGGCUGCUCGACGCCGCUCGAGGCUGCGUCACCGUCGCCCUGUCCGUGCAGUGUAACAUUGUACUGCAAGUCAAUCGCUAACAGUACUAACUUAAGUCACUUCAGCUGUAAUGGAGAAGUAUGAAAAAUUAGCUAAGAUUGGAGAAGGGUCUUAUGGGGUUGUAUUCAAAUGCAGAAACAAAACCUCUGGACAAGUAGUAGCUAUUAAAAAAUUUGUGGAAUCUGAAGAUGAUCCUGUUGUUAAGAAAAUAGCACUAAGAGAAAUACGUAUGUUGAAGCAAUUAAAACAUCCAAAUCUUGUGAACCUCAUUGAGGUGUUCAGGAGAAAAAGGAAAAUGCAUUUAGUUUUUGAAUACUGUGAUCAUACACUUUUAAACGAGCUGGAAAGAAACCCAAAUGGAGUUGCUGAUGGAGUGAUCAAAAGUGUAUUAUGGCAAACACUUCAAGCUCUUAAUUUCUGUCAUACACAUAACUGUGUUCACAGAGAUGUAAAACCUGAAAAUAUUCUAAUAACUAAGCAAGGAAUAAUCAAGAUUUGUGACUUUGGGUUUGCACGAAUUCUGAUUCCAGGAGAUACCUACACCGAUUAUGUAGCUACGAGAUGGUACCGAGCUCCUGAACUUCUUGUGGGAGAUACUCAGUAUGGUUCUUCAGUAGAUAUAUGGGCUGCUGGUUGCGUUUUUGCAGAGCUGCUGACAGGCCAGCCACUGUGGCCUGGAAAAUCAGAUGUGGACCAACUUUAUCUGAUAAUCAGAACACUAGGAAAAUUAAUCCCAAGACAUCAAUCAAUCUUUAAAAGUAACCGGUUUUUCCACGGCAUCAGUAUACCUGAACCAGAAGAUAUGGAAACUCUUGAGGAAAAGUUCUCAGAUGCUCAUCCUGUGGCUCUGAACUUCAUGAAGGGGUGUCUGAAGAUGAAUCCAGAUGACAGAUCAACCUGUUCCCAACUCCUGGAGAGCUCCUACUUUGAUUCUUUUCACGAGGACCAAAGUAAAAGAAAAGCGCGUAAUGAAGGAAGAAACAGCAGACGCCAGCAGAAUCAACUGUUGCCUCUCAUACCAGGAAGCCACAUCUCCCCCACACCUGAUGGAAGAAAACAAGUCCUCCAGUUAAAAUUUGAUCAUCUUCCAAACAUUUAGGAAAAUGUUCUUUCAAGUGCAAAGUAAUUUAAUAUGUACACAUUUUGUACAAGUGAGAUAGGAAUUCACAGUGUUUCAAAUGCAAAUGAGCCAUAUGAAAAUUAAGAUGCCUUCUAGAAUUGUUUUGCUCUGAUCAUUGCUGAUUCCUUUCCCCGUGCUUUUACAUGCCAACUUUAUCUUUUAGAAUAUUUUCUUUAAAUGUUAUAAAGCCUAAAACUGCACAUAUGGAAGAGACAUUUUCAAUUUCAUCAGAGCAGCCCCUCCUGAGGCUAUUUAUAUGGAGAAUUUGUGAGCUUAUACUUUGAUUUAUGAAAAAGAUUUACAUGUGUCAUCUUGCUUCAGCUGACCACAUAAUUUCUUAAAGCAAUAUCAGAUAGCCUGCCUCACUGUUUGUGUAAGAAAUGACAUACGUUCUUGCAUUGUAAUUCAUACUUAUUGUAACCAGGUCUGUUGAGUAAUGCUGGUAUCUUAUUCUGUGUUUUCACAUUGGUGUAGAAAGGGAACCUUGAAAGGUCAUUCAGGUUUAUCUCUAGAUUCCACGGCAGGCUCUCCUUUGUCUGUCUCAUGAGGCAUUGAUGAUUCUAUUUUUAAAGCAAGCUAGAGAAAAUUACAUACAAAUUCCAAUACAUAGCAAACAGUGGACCAAUGACAAGGAAUUGCCAUCCUCAUCAGUAACGCCCUCGGAUAAUUGUCUGCUGUCCUUUGCUAUAUCACCAUUCCUUAUCCUUUUCUCCUCCUGUCUAAAUCAUCUCAGGACCCAAGCCGAUCCUCUGGGGUGUGUUGUCUAAAUAGCUCAUUGCCAGUCCUCUCUUGCAAGCAUUUACAUCCAUAGCCUCUAUGAAAUUGUGCAGCCCAAAACUAGUCAGUGCGUCGUAAUCAGGUUGGUUUGUAAACACAAGAGCAGGAAGAUUAUCUUUCAGUUAAUAUAAUUUCAUAUCUCUUACAAAACAACAAAGCAAAACAAACCCCUCAAUAACUGAGCUGAAUUUACUUUGGGAUAUUUACCCAACUAAACUUGACAUACAUACAUAUAUACAUAUAUGUAUAUACAUGUAUUUGUAAAUAUAUACUUAAAAUUAUAAAUUUUACAGCAUGGUAGUAGGUGCCUAUUAUCCUGGACAUCAAAAAUUAUGCAGAAUAUUUAAAAGUACUUUUAGUUUGCUAACAAGGAACUCAUAUAAAAUAAUCGCAUAGGGCUAUCACUGUUAGGCAAAAAGGCACUGUCAGUGAUAUUCCUAUCAAGAAAAAUUAAGAGUAUUUUAUUAACUCAUUUCUGCUCCCGUGUCUGGCAUGCUUAACUGAUUGUUGUCAAAUGCUGCAAAUACACUUUAUUCCAGAAAUUUUCUGCGUCCAGCACCAAGAGUUAAGGAUAUAUUGUUAGUGAAGAAACAUAACAUCCUAUGUUCAUGUCUAAAAGUCUUCCACACUUAGAAACACAUAAACUCCCAGAGAAUCUCAUUCAGUUAUGUAGAAGCAUCCAUUUAAUAAGGAAUUAUGACAUCUAAACAAUAGUUUUUUGUUCAAGGGAAGGAUUUUUUU